CGUUGUCUGAACACUGAUUCCGUUUUCCGAAUUCAUAGAACUGUGAAAGCAAAAAUAAUUUACAUUUAAUCUUGAAGUUUAAGGUAUAGAAAAAUAAUGUCGCCCUAUGAAUCACAAACUUACUUUACAGGGAAUGACACAUACAAAGCAGUUAAUCCGCUUAUAUCUAAAGUUGGCGAUUUUAGUCCGUUCUAUAUAGCCAUCGCAAUCUGCUCUGUCAUUUUUGGCUUUCUUCUGAUACUGAACAUUGUUUGCUGUUGCUCGCGACACUCAGUCUAUUGGCUCGACAGACAUACAGGCAACCGCUGGAUUGUUUCCAUAUGGUCAGCAACUCCUCACAAGCAGCCACCCCUGGACUUGACAGAACUAGAGAAUCAAUACCAAUACACUCAGUAUAUACGUCCUGAAAACGCGGAGCAUAGUGAGGAUUACAGACACGCAGAAGUCCAUGCCUCAGUGUCAAGACAACCAUUAACUGCUUCGCAGGAAUAUUUUGAGCUGCACAAGAGAGAGAGUGAUAUAUAGGCUGAGAAUAGCUGGAAUCUACAUAUAAAGAUAUACUUUACUUUAAUAAAUUUAAAUUAAGUGCACAAAUACUUUAACUUAAGCUAAAACAUUU